AGAGCAGCCCCUCCGGCCGCUGCCGCCCACCGGCCCCCGGCCCGGAUCUAUGGACAGGAGCUCGCUGCUGCAGCUCAUUCAGGAGCAGCAGCUGGACCCCGAGAACACAGGCUUCAUCGGUGCAGACACCUUUGCUGGCCUGGUACACAGCCAUGAACUGCCCCUGGAUCCUGCCAAACUGGACAUGCUGGUGGCCCUGGCCCAGAACAACGAGCGGGGCCAGGUCUGCUACCAGGAGCUGGUGGACCUGGUCAGCAGCAAGCGUUCAAGCAGCUUCAAGCGGGCCAUUGCCAAUGGCCAGCGGGCGCUGCCCCGCGACGGGUUGCCGGACGAGUCGGGCCUGGGCGUGUACAAGCGGUUCGUGCGCUAUGUGGCCUAUGAAAUCCUCCCCUGCGAGGUGGACCGGCGCUGGUAUUUCUACAGGCACCGGAGCUGUCCGCCGCCAGUGUUCAUGGUCUCGGUCACCCUUGUCCAGAUCAUCGUGUUCCUGUGCUAUGGGGCGCGGCUCAACAAGUGGGUGCUGCAGACCUACCAUCCCGAGUACAUGAAAAGCCCCCUGGUGUACCACCCGGGGCACCGUGCCCGGGCCUGGUGCUUCCUUACCUACAUGUUUAUGCACGUCGGACUAGAGCAGCUGGGCUUCAACGCGCUUCUGCAGCUGAUGAUUGGGGUGCCCCUGGAGAUGGUGCAUGGGCUGCUCAGAAUCAGCCUACUCUACCUGGCGGGCGUCUUGGCAGGCUCUUUGACUGUCUCCAUCACGGAUAUGAGAGCUCCUGUGGUAGGGGGCUCUGGCGGGGUUUAUGCCCUCUGCUCAGCACACCUGGCCAACGUUGUCAUGAACUGGGCCGGGAUGCGGUGUCCAUACAAACUGCUAAGGAUGGUGCUGGCCUUGGUGUGCAUGAGCUCCGAGGUGGGCAGGGCUGUGUGGCUGCGUUUCUCCCCUCCACUGCCUGCCUCCGGCCCGCAGCCCAGCUUCAUGGCCCACCUGGCGGGCGCGGUGGUGGGCGUGAGCAUGGGCCUGACCAUCGUGCGUAGCUACGAAGAGCGCCUGGGUGACCAAUGUGGCUGGUGGGUGGUACUCCUUGCCUACGGCACCUUUCUGCUCUUUGCUGUCUUCUGGAACAUCUUCGCCUAUGACCUGCUGGGCACCCAUGUGCCCCCGCCGCCCUGA